GCGUUCAGCUUGGCAACAUGGCGUCCGCCGGGCCGGAGAGACUGCAGCUUUCUCUCCUGCGGACUACUGCGGGCUUGUGAGGCUGAUCUGGCCCCGGGAUGGGCUCUCUGUCGCCGCUCGGCCUCACGUGGGGGCUCCUCCUGCUGCAGGACGUCCUAAGACCGCUGCGUGCGGACCCGGUUUUCAUCCCACCUUUCAUCCGAAUGACCAGCCCCGAGGUCAGCGCCACCCUGGUCGGAGGCGGUGAGGAUGUCACGGUGUCUCUGACUCCGCUGCAGGUCGAGAAAGGAGUCUUGCCAUUCACUGCUUGUGGUGGUCUCAGCAACGAUACAGGGGACUGGAAUGUGACCGUGAGCCCUGGUGUGAACGUGCUGGAAGUGACAGUACACUGGAAGAGGGGUCUGCACUGGUGCUCCUUGAACGGGACCGCCUCCUUUGCAGAGCCCCCAUGCGUCGUGCAGACUCUGCUGGUUUCGGCCUCCCACAAUGCCUCCUGUUUAGCACAGCUGCUCAUUCAGGUGGAGAUUUACCCCAACACGUCUGUGACCCACAGUGCAUCAGAUAACACGACUGUCAUUGCUAACCAAGUCUAUCAUCCCCUGGGUCCCUGCCCUUGUGACUUGACAGCCGAGGCCUGUGAUAUUCGCUGUUGCUGUGACCAGGACUGCCAGCCAGAGGUGAGAGAGCUGUUCCAGCAGUUCUGCUUCCCCGACGUGUUUGGGGGGGACGUCAACCCUCCCUCCCACCAUCGCUGUGCAGCUGGCACUGCUCACGAGACCCCUGACUGGUUCCCCUUCCUGUGUGUGCUGUCACCCCCUUCCACCUCACCGUUCCUUGGUCACUUCUACCACGGCGCCAUUUCCCCCAGACAUGACUCCGCCUUCGAAGCCCAUCUGCACCUCGACCUAAGAGACUUCACGGAUGCCGGUUACAAACAAGGAGACCCCAUCAUGACCACGACGGGGUAUUUUACCAUCCCUCAGGUGUCUCUAGCUGGACAGUGUCUGCAGGAUGCCCCAGUGGCUUUCCUGAGGAAUUUUGAUAUUAAAUGUACCCUCGAUCUGCAAGUGCACCAAGGACGAGAUGGGGUUGUCCCUGAGAAUGUGAAGAUCCGCACGUCGGGAGGUAGGCUGCCUUCGUGGUUAGAAUGGGGUGGUAAUAGGGAACUAGCCCUCCCUCUCCUGUCAUUUGUGGUGGGGGACGACACAAUUUUAUCUUUGGGAGAUGCCAGCAAGGAGAGAAAUGAAGAGCAUUAUGUCUUCCGAUGGCAGAAUAAUUCCAUCAGCGGACUAGACAUCACCAUCAUCAGGGCGGAAGUCAGUGCCCACCAGAAAGGAACAGUGGCCCAGAGAUUCACAGUGAAGUUUUUAAACCAUCACAGUGGUGAUGAGAAGGAAUCUUCUGGAAAUCCAGGUUACCAACUUGGCAAGCCGGUCCGAGCCCUACAUGUCAACGGGACGAAUGUCACUGCCUUACACCUCUGGCAGCCAGCUGGACGGGGCUUGUGCACAUCAGCAGCUCUGAGACCCAUUUUAUUUGGAGAGAAUGCACUCGCUGGCUGCCUUCUGGAGGUUGGGAUUAAUGAGAACUGUACGCAGCUCAGGGAGAAUGUGCUUCAGAGGCUGGAUUUGCUGAUCCAAGCAACACACGUCGCAAGGAGAGGCAACUCGGACUACAGCGAUCUGAGUGAUGGCUGGCUGGAGGUCAUACGUGUUGACGCCCCUGAUACAGGUGCCGACCUGCCCCUGAGCAGCGCAAAUGGCAUCUGCCUGGAAGUCCCUGCCCAGCUCACCAUCCGCAUCCUCGUUGCCGAAGCUGGGUCUGUGGAAGGGGUGCCUCAGCAGGAGAUCCUCGGCGUGGAGACAAGGUUCUCCACAGUGACCUGGCAGUACCAGUGUGGGCUCACCUGUGAGGACAAGGCCGAUCUCCUCCCUCUCAGCGCCUCAGUUCAGUUCAUUAAAAUCCCUGCACAGAGGCCCCGCCCUCCAACCAGAUUCCAGAUCAACUUCACCGAGUAUGACUGUACGCGGAAUGAGCUAUGCUGGCCCCAACUUCUGUACCCUCUGACCCAGUAUUACCAAGGGGAGCCCCAUGCCCAGUGUGUUGCCAAAGGCCUGAUGCUGCUGUCCCUCCUCAUGCUGGCCAUGGUCUUCAGUCACCCUUGGAUCAGAAUGUGCAAAAGCUGGUACUCAACUCCCAUCUACCAUUAAGUUCUCCCCAAGAUUCAGCAUUCACUCAGUGGCUCUCUGUAGGCCUGCGCGCCUCUCUGAAACCUGUUGGUUUGAGACAGGGUCUCACUAUGUAGCCCAGGCUUGCCUCUAAAUGU